AGCAUCUCCUCAGCCUCACACUGCUCUCACCGUGGACCCGGGCGCAUGUGAUUCCCCAGCUUUCUGCCACAAACGGCGCUCCUUCUGCUCACAGGGAGAGAAAAACGAGCUGAUCUCGGCUUUUUUGGGGGGGUUUCAUUUUUAAACACCUGUUUCAUUUUUUCCCCCCGUUUUUUCCCCGAGUUUUGGGUUAAUUGAGGAGCCAAAGGAAGAUGGGCGCUCAGUUGACUAAGGGCGAGGCUGAGACUGCAGCGGCUAAAGCCAACGGCCAGGAGAACGGCCAUGUCAAAACUAACGGAGAUGUUUCAGCCAAGCCUGAGGGAGAGGCGGUAGCAGCCGAUGGUAACGGGACCGCCGAGGUCGCCAAGGAGACGACGGAGGCCGGAGACGCCAUUGAGGCUGCGCCCGCGCCUGCUACAGAGGCAGAGGCCCCUAAAGCGGACGGUGAGGCGAGCAAGGAGGCCACCAAAAAGAAGAAGAAGUUUUCUCUGAAGAACUCGUUCAAGUUCAAGGGCAUCUCGCUGAAGAAGAGCAAGAAGGGCAGUGAGGACGCGGCGGAAGGGGCUGCGUCACCCAGCGUGGAGGAGAACGGCCACGCCGCCAAGGAGGCUAAGGAGGAGGAGCCGGCUGCCGAGCCGGCCGCAGAGACCACCGAGGCUGAGGCCGAGGCUGCGGUGGCGGUAGAGGCUGCUCCAGAGGCGGAGGCGGAGGCUAAGGCGGAGGAACCCGCCCCAGCAGCGGAAGCCGCACCCACAGAAGAGAGCGCCAAAUCCGAGGAGACCCCCGCCGAGCCUGCGCCCGCCACGACCGAGGAGCCCGCCGCAGAGUGAACUCGCUUCCCUACCGCGACUGGACUGUUCUCCCUUUCUUCCGUAUUUUUUUUGUUUUUUCUUUUCUUUUUUUCUUUUUUUUUAAGAUUGAAAUAUAUAAAAAUAUAUAUGAGACUUGUGCCACGUUAUUUGAAGUUACAGCAGUUACUACAGAGAAGACGAGCCAAUGAAAAAAAGCUCCAUACAGCCACUAAGUUCACUGCCUGUUUCCUCAUUCCUCCUUUUUUGCCAGAGCUUCUACUCCAGAGCUCUGCUGCUGUGGACGAGCGUCGGGCUCGGACGCCUCCUGUUUUUAAACGUACACAUCAGGACUGCGGCGGGAGAAAAGAUGCGGCGGAUGUUGUCGGAAAGGAUCGGGAACGUGUUCCCGGAGUAACGGUCUCAUAACCCUUAAACAGUCUUUGUUUUUUUUCCCCGACUUGGCUCCUUGGAUACUGGUGGCAGACGAGCAAGUUGACGAAUCGUCAUUGGUAAAUAAAUGACGGUUGAUGGACAAUGUGAAGCCUCUUAAACUAGCUUUUCUGUUGUUUUUAAAAGCUCUACAUUCCUCCGUUUUUACCCCUGAAAAAACAAAAAGCAAGUAUUUCGUGCUGUGCUGAGAGCCAGAGACUUGGGAGAGUGGAUGGUUUUUAGAUUUAGUCUGGUUUUUAAUGGCUUUCUUUUUCUUUUUCUCCAGUUGAAAGCUCGUCAGCGCUCUCCCGUGUCCACAUCUCCGUAUGACGUAGGGGUGUACAAAAAACCACUGCUUUUAUCAGCUUCUUCUUUUUGUUUGUUUGUCACUGUAUAUAAUUUUUGUCUUUAUUUUGCUAACAUUUUCAAAUGUUAAUGGUUUUAUUGUACGAUCAAGGGCAAAUAAAUGUUCGAUCCUCAU